AUGCUAUUCGAUAGGAGGGAGAUAAUAAGAUUGUUUCUUUCUAUCUUGUCUUUUUUUUUCUUUCUUUUUCCUAUCUAUCUUUCUUUCUUUUCUUUCUUUCUAUCGUGUCCUUCUUUCUUUUUUACUUUCUAUCUUGUCUUGAGUAUCUUCCUUUCUAUCUUGUCUUUCUUUCUAUCCAUCUUUUCUUCUUUCUUUCUAUCUUGCAUUUCUUUCUAUUUUAUCUUUCCAUCUUUCUAUCUUGUAUUUUUCUUUUUUUCUAUCUUAUCUUUCUUUCUUUCUAUUUUGUCCUUCUUUCUUUCUAUUUUGUCUUUCUUUCUUUCUAUUUUGUCUUUCUUUCUUUCUAUCUUGUCUUUGCAUCUUUCCAUCUUGUCUUUCUUUCUUUCUAUUUUGUCUUUCUUUCUUUCUAUCUUGUCUUUGCAUCUUUCCAUCUUGUCUUUCUUUCUUUCUAUCUUGUCUUUCCAUCUUUCUGUCUUGUCUUUCUUUCUUUCUAUUAUAUCUUUCUUUCUCUCUCUGUCUUUAUUUCUAUUUUGUCUUUCUUUCUUUCUUUCUCUCUCUCUCUCUCUCUCUCUUAUCUUUCUAUUUUGUCUUUCUUUCUUUCUCUCUUUCUCUCCCUCUCUUAUCUUUCUUUCUAUUUUGUCUUUCUUUCUUUCUUUCUCUCUUGUCUUUCUUUCUAUUUUGUCUUUCUUUCUCUCUUGUCUUUCUUUCUAUUUUAUCUUUCUUUCUUUCUCUCUUUUCUUUCUUUCUGUCUUGUCUUUGCAUCUUCCCAUCUUGUCUUUCUUUCUUUUUCCUAUUUUGCUUUUCUUUCUAUCUUUCUUUUUAUAG